AUGUCGACUAUUGUACUCCUGUCCGCCGUAUUACUGGCACUUAACAUUUUCGUUCCCAUUCAUUCAAAAGUAACGAAUCGUACGUCUUUGAUCAAGAAAGAUUUUCUCAGUGAUCUUAGAGGAGGUGAAUUUCCUGUCUAUGAUAGCACGGGAAAGAAGCAACUAUAUCGUAUGGAAUCGAAAAUUAGCAAAACGCACAAUGUUCAAGUAUUUGCUACUUCAUCGAAGAAAGUUUUAGCGGAACUGGCAGCCAGAGUGACAUCGAUCAUGUACAAAGGAAAUAUUUCUGUUUUGGAUACAAACUUGAAUCAGUGGAAAAAUGGUACAAUUGAACACGGUAAUAAAUUUAGAAUUUUUUGGAACGGACAACGUAUAUCAAUGGAAGGUAAAGGUAAUUCAUUGGACACAACAUUUCGUGAUGAAUCGAACUUAAAUAUAUUGGCUCAAUUUAAAAAAAGUAAAAGUUCAUUGUUCUCGAAAAGCAAAUACUAUUUGCAAGUAUUCUCUGAUACAUUACCCGAUACAUUCUACUUUUUGGGAGUAGCCGCCAGAGAUGGAAACAAAAAGCUUUCCAAAGGAGACGAUAAUACUAAGGAUUAUGAACGUUAUGUUCGUAUAAAUAAUCUUGCAAACACGGCUAUAUCAUACGAUAAGAACUAUGAGAAAGGGAAAAUGUAUGCUGAUGAAUUGCUUACAUUUAAACCUCAAGAUACCGGUUAUGACAGUGCCGUAUUUAAAGGAAAUAUUUUCAAUGGUCUUAUCGCAUUUAGAAGAGAUAAAAAUGUAGAAGCUGCGAAGAAGUUUUUAUUAGCCGCUGGUAAAAUAGCUGCAGAUCUUGGAGGAUCUGCAACUCUGAAUUCGUUUGGUCCAAACAUGAGUCUUGCUAAAGAUUUAUUGGAAGUACGUGAACAAGAAACGGUGCUCAAAUAUUUUAAUUAUUGUCGAAAAUUUUGGAAAAAAAAUAUAUUAGAUGAAUGGACAAGUG